UGACUGCGACAUGUUGUGAAGGCCCCGACCAAUAUACCGGUCAUGCGCCAUGAGAACCCCGUUUCGACGACCGCAGUUCACCAUGACGACGCCAAUACCAUCUUGCAGCGGCUCAGUUCAUGAACACGACUUCAGCCGAACAUGGUUACACAAGAACUUGAUAAUGAGCAUUUGCGGAUGAUAUAGAUGCAAGGAUGGCUUCUCCAGCCUCUACCCCACCGCUGAUCCCCGAAGAGGAUCUCCAGCACUCCAUGUCUGCUUGCGGGGGAUGCAUGAAACUAUCUCACCAUUAACCGGAGCGAAGCAAACCUCGAUCGACCUUGAGAUAUAAAUCUGGCGCAAUGGCCAGCAUGUUGACUUCAAUAAAGUUGAAUCAAGACAUUGAAAGAUGUAUUCAUCAAUGGCUCUCCUCGCAGGCCUCACGGCUUUGCCUACUUUGACACUCGCUUCUCCAACUCUACACAAGAGACUGGCCAAUGGAUUAGCAUUGACACCUCCUAUGGGCUGGAACAGUUACAACCACUACAAUUGUGCCCCGAACCAAAGCAUCAUCCACUCCAAUGCCGAAGCACUGGUAUCGCUUGGUCUUGCAGACCUGGGCUACACAUAUGUAACUACCGACUGCGGAUGGACACUGCCUCACCGUACAGCAGACAACAAGUUGACAUGGAAUGAAACGCUCUUCCCUGCUGGCUUUCCCGCGCUAGGUCAAUACAUUCACGAUCUUGGUCUCGGCUUCGGCGUUUACAGUGAUGGUGGCAUCUUGAUGUGCAUGAAUACCGAGUUGGGCACGAACCAGACUGGUAGCUUGGGCUAUGAGACUACCGAUGCAGAGACCUUUGCUUCUUGGGGUGCUGAUCUACUCAAGUACGACAAUUGCUGGUCGUCUCAGGAGAGAAGCUUCCCGAACGUGGAUUACGAGCCCCUGACUUCUCCUCAUCAGAAUUACGUGAAUAUGCGGAAUGCUCUCGAUGCUACGGGCACGAAUCUGCUCUUCCAGAUCUGUGACUGGGGUGUUGAUUUCCCUUCUGCAUGGGCACCGGAUCUAGGGAAUACUUGGCGCGUCACCAACGACAUCAUUCCCAAUUGGAGAACUAUCUUCCGCAUUGUCAACCAAGUUGUGCCUCAAACAGACUAUGCCGCACCUGGCAGGUGGCUAGACUUGGACAUGAUGGAAAUUGGCAACGAUAUUUUCACCCACGCGGAAGAGCAGACUCACUUUGCACUCUGGAGCAUUUUGAAGAGUCCAUUGACCAUCGGGUGUGCCUUGAAUGAUUCCAUUACAUCGGUGUUUGCGGAGUCUUUGGCCAUCAUGAAGAAUGAGAACAUCAUUGGCUUCAAUCAGGACGCGCUUGGGGUGUCUGCCAACUUGACCCGCAGAUACAGUGAUGAGGGGUAUGACAUUUGGUCAGGACCCUUGAGCGGUAAUCGUACCGUCGCCGCAUUGGUCAAUUGGAACAACUUCUCCAUUGACGCAACGUUUGACUUGCCGGAUGCAGGGUUGCAGAGUGCUGGGUGGGUCAGAGAUGCUUGGACCAACGAGACAAGGAAGAAUGUCAUGACCAGCUACAAGGCAAGUGUGGAAGCUCAUGGUACCUUGUUGCUCGAACUAGACGACACUAUACCAGCCGGUGUCUAUCAGCUUGAUGGACAAAGUGGAGAUAUCAAUCUUGAGAAUGUGUAUGCUCUAACCACAAGUGAUGCAUAUACUGUGACCAUCCAUUUUAGCAGCCCCGUUCCGUCGUCCUGUGAUCUCGGCAUACACAAUCAACACCAGAGAUCCUCUCACCAGGUACAGCAAGGUCAAUCUAGCAUCACCCUACCCGUCUCCCUCAUCGCAGGGAACAGCAACACCCUCUCCAUUUCAAACACCAAUUCUAUAAGCUCAAUCACUGUGACUGAACCAACCGGAAAGUUCUAUCCCAAUACCGCUUUUGCCAUCUCUGGUAGCGGUAACGCUAGCCAUAUAACUUGUGUACCCGGUCUCUGCUCUCCGCUCGGAACCAAGAUUGGCGACCUGUCUCCGAACAACUCUGCCUCUCUCAACAUUCCUGCCUCAGCAACCACCACUGGAUCAAGAUACGUCGAGCUCACCUACAUCAACAACGAUGUUGCCAUUGGCACAAGCUGGGGAGAGGGCCGUAAUGCACGAAACAUUACUAUCUCUGUCAACAACCAGACCACUAGAUUGGAGGUUCCAUUGAGUGGAAGGAGUAGCGAGUUGUAUUCAUCCAUGAAGGGCUGGGGAGACAGUGCUGUGUUGGGUGUCUUGGUUGAUGGUUGGAAACAAGGUGAUAAUGAAGUUGUGAUUGGUAAUAUUGGUGGUGAGAAGGGUGUGCAGCCUCUAGGUGCCGAUUUUGUUGGUCUGAAGGUCUUCUAGAGGAGAUGGAUUAAUGUCUGCGGCGUGUAGGAGAUUCAUAGAGAGCAGCCCUCUCAAAUUACAAUGAGUAUGAUGAAGAAACCGA